CUGACGAGCGCAGGAGGCGGCGGCCAUGCUGCGGCCGAGCAGCAGCAGGAGGCGGCCGGCAUGCCGCGGUGGGUGGAGCCGCGUCUCCGCCGCCUCCUGGGCACCCGGCGUCACAAGGUGGACGCCGUCGUGUCCAACGGCGGCGGCAACCACUACGCCACCAUCAACCAGGCGUUGGCCGCCGCGCCGCCCCCAGCUGCCGAUGGAACGCCCGCUCGCCGCUACGUAAUCCAUGUACGCUCCGGAACCUACGACGAGAUUGUCAACAUCACGCGGAGCGACGUCACCCUCAUCGGGGACGGGAUGGGGCGCACCGUCAUCACCGGUAACCACUGCAAUCGCACCGGCCACGACGUGCUCCAGUCAGCAACAUUGAGCGUUAAUGGAACUGGUUUCAUGGCCCGAGAUCUGACGAUCAAGAACACCGCCGGGGUGGAUGCGGGUCCGGCGGUGGCCCUCAUGAACUUGGCGGAUAGCUCCAUCUGCUACAAAUGUGAGAUUGACGGUUACCAGGACACCCUCAACGCAGACUGCAACCGCCAGUUUUAUCACACUUGUAACAUUUCGGGGACAGUGGACUUCGUUUUUGGGUAUGCAAAAGCUGUUUUUCAGCAAUGCAACCUUCUGGUCCGCCGUCCGGUGCCGGACGGCCACUGCGUCGUCACGGCCCAGGGCCGUGGCGGGCCCAAUGACGUUUCCGGUUUUGUGUUCCAGGACAGCACCGUCGCGGCGCUGCCGGGCGUCGACCUCAACGGGGUGCCCACCUACCUUGGGAGGCCGUGGAAGAACCAUUCCCACGUUGUAUUCAUGAACUGCUUCCUCGACGGAAUCAUCCAUCCUGCUGGCUGGGAGGGGUGGAAAGACUACGAGCGCCUGGGCAACAUAUUCUACGGCGAAUACCAGAAUCGGGGGGACGGCGCCAACACCCAAGGGCGCGUCAAGUGGCCGGGAUUCCACAUCAUCAAGGAUGCUGCGGAGGCGGCGAAUUUCACCGUCCAGAGGUUUAUCCAGGGCGACGGGUGGCUUCCUGAGUUCGGUGUCAAGUACAAGGGAGGCCUGGAGUAGCAUGCAGCAGCUUGUGCGUGUGUUCGUCGUCCGUGUGUCUUGUCGAUCUCAUGUAUCCAUUGUUGGCGGUAAUCCUUGUGACGCUUUGUUUUUCUGUUUGAAUAAGCUCGCCAUGUGUUCAGGAUGAGCGAGUCUUUAGGAGCUGCGUGGUGUGUUCGGCAUGCCGCGCAUGUAGGAGAAGGCCUGGUCAUACUUGUGUGGUGAUGGCGCACGCGUCUGAUCGUGGCUGAUUGUGGCGCAAAUAGUUCGUGUGUGUGCACUGUGUAUCUUCUUCCUGGGUUCGAGUGAACGUGUGCCUGUGUGCGUGAUUUCACGGCUGAGCAGGGCUCGCCGGAACGCCAACAUCCAUGUAUACUCCCAUCUCAUGUAUCUCCAUUCUACAUCUGUGUUA